AUGGGGCAAAUAUCAAGUACAAAUAGUCGUAUCGAUCUUGAAAACGCUUCUUCAGCCACUCCCAGUGAGUUUUAUCUAGCUUGUCGCAAUGGUGAUGUUGAAUUAGCGCGGGAACUAUUGGCACAAUUGCACGCAGGUGAUAUCAAUCGUCUUGAACCGAAUGGUAGCACAGCACUGCAUGCUGCUUCUUUCUAUGGUCACAGGGCUAUUGUUGAAAUGCUACUUCAACAUGGUGCUAAGCCAUGGCUCAUGAAUAAAUACCAAAUGACACCUUAUGAAGAAGCAGCGAAUGAAGAAAUUCGUUUGUUAUUUCAUCGUCCGUUACAAACAGAUAUCAGUCGAUUCGUCGAUGACGAUGACGUCAAUGCGAAUUGUUUAGAGUUAAUUUCAGAAAGGUCACACGAAGGGAGCGCAGAGCACGCUUCGAACAAUAUACCAAAUGGUUGGGUUAGCGGCUAUAAACUUAUACACAAAUAUUUUCGUAGUAAAGACAUCAAAUUGAUCGUUCGUGCCCAAAUUAUCAAAUACUAUCUUGCUCGAAUGGAACGAUCCGAUGAUUCUGCUCGGCAGUUACAAAAGUUAUUAAAACAAAGCAUUCCAUACAAUCAUCGUGAUUAUCAGAAAGCAUCUUAUCUUUUCGAUGAAUUCUGUUCUCGUAACAACAUAGAAUAUCUCAUUCGUCUCUACACACUCGAAACGGAUUUUUAUGGCGCGUUGCACUCGAAUGUGGAAAUAUUUACGAUUGAAAUUUAUUCGCAAUUGCAAACACUCAAUCAACGAUUCUUUCAAGGUCAAUCUUAUCGUGGUCUUUCGAUGGCGAAUAAAGAUAUCAGUGAAUAUGAAUGGGCUGCUAAAAAUCCAGGAACAUUAAUUGAAAUUAAGACAUUAACUUCGACAUCCGUUGAUCCCCAAAUUGCUUAUGAAUUCGCACGCAACAAGAAAACGAAUAAUUCCGAUCGUCACCGAGUGAUUUGUCAGUUUCAAUUCGAUCAACAAUGCUGCACAGCUAUUGAUUUGCGGCGCAAUGAUGCCAAGAAACUGUUGUGUUUAUCUGCUUAUGAAAACGAAUCCGAAAUUCUUGUUUUGCCGGGAACUCUAUUCGAAGUGCACGAGGUUCGGCGCGAUUCGGAAACCGGACGUUUUACAAUCUCUUUGCAGAACAUUCACGUGCCACUACGCACAAUUUUAGACGCACUAAAGUAUGCCGAAGCAUAA